UUUUUUUUUUAAAAACAUGGUAAUUUGUUUUGAAGGAGCAUUGUGAAAAGAAUUGAGGAUGGGCUUGACAUUUGGAAGUUACACCUGACACGGAGAUUUUUAAUGGUUAUCAUUACUAAUGUCAUAAUAUGUUUGCUGCUGCUACCAAAAACUUUGUUAAACAAGUCGGUGAUGGAGGAAGACUAGUUCCAGUGCCCAGUCUCAGUGAAGCUGAUAAAUACCAACCUCUGAGCCUUGUGAUUAAGAAAAGAAAAUGUUUACUUUCAAAAAAAUCUAAAUUUGCUUCAACGCCUUUCACAUUAAAAGACAUUCUUCAAGGGGAGAAGGAAAUUUCUGCAGGCAUCUCAUCUUACCAGUUGCUGAACUAUGAAGACAAAUCGGAUGUGUCGCUUAAUGGUAGAAGAGGAAAUCAGAUAAGGAAUGAUGUUGGGUUUGAUAUUGCUGGAUCAGAUUCUGUUGCCUUUAAAGCUUCGUUUGGCAUAGUGACCAAACAUGAGGUUGAAGUACCAACAUUACUUAAAGAACUUACUACAAGAAAAAUAAACUUUGAUCAUUGUCUAGUCCAUCAGUCACGAAAAAGUAGGCUGGAAAUUUUGUGCGUGGUCAUGGAAAGUAUUAGAACUACCAGGCAGUGCUCCUUAACUGUCCAUACUGGAAUGCGUGGAGAGACGAUGAGGUUUCACAUUAUUGAAGAUCAGAACUCUAAAGGGCGAGACAAAGCCAUUGUUUUUCCUGCUCAUACAACGAUUGCUUUCAGUGUAUUUGAACUCUAUAUUCAUUUGGAUGGUAAUUUUGAACUCUGUGUGACUCCUAUUUCAAAAGGAGGGUUUGAAAAAGAGAAAUCUACAUCAUCUUCACUGACCAAAUUAAGGAGGUUAAAGAGUAAUCUGUUUCAUCGAAAUAAAAGAGUAGUGGCUACCAUUGCCAGCUCUGAUGCUUACCUGGAUGACCUUUUCACAGAUUAUUAUGAAAAAGCUGCGAGCAUGACAGAUCUGUCUACAAGCUAUCUCAGAGAAGGGUCUCAUAUCCGAAUUAAUUUACUUAAUAACAACAUCCCCAAAGGUCCCUGUGUCCUUUGUGGAAUGGGAAGUUCUAGAAGGGAGACAGUCUAUGGAUGCCUAGAAUGCUCUUUUAAUGGACAGAAGUAUGUACGACUGCAUGCUGUGCCCUGUUUUGACCUCUGGCAUAAAAGAGUAAAGUAAGGUCUAGGUAAGUGCCUGUGUUGCAGACAUGAGCAAAACUGUGCCACAAACUUCUCUGCAUUAGUAAGCACAACUCAAAUUGUUUAAAUGCAAAAUAGUAAGAGUGCACAACAUUUUCUUACACUGUUAUUGUCCAAUUAUUUACUUGUCAAUAACCUUUUACUUGAAAAUGCCUUCAUGUAUUCACCGACAUUGCUCUUCUUCUUUCUGGAACCUUCUCAUUACCAUGAUAAUGAAGAAUGUACUUUUAAUCUGUGUUUUCAUAAUGUCAGAAUAUGUGCUAGAACUUGAAGUUGUUUACACAAACUUGUUAAACCUCCAGAUGUUGCCUUUGUCUACAUUGGCAUAUGAUGGUAAAAUGAGAUUAUUUCUUAAUAAUU